AUUUUGGAAAGGAGGCUGCGCCAAAAUAGGCACGCCAGUUAUCUGGCAUCAUUGCUGUAAGCAGGAGGACAAGAAAGAAAAAAUAAGUUUAGUCAAGCGCGCACCAUAGGACACUGGGGGAUGCUACACACCACCCUGAAUUUCCAAGUAUUUAAGGAUAUUUAAAUACAAAGAAGAUUGGAAUUCUUUCACUUUUUGGAAACUUCCAUGACGCUACUCGAGUGACACAUUGGAACAAGACUUAAGGUGUAAACCAUGGAUCCAAAUUUAUUUGGCGGGGCCCCCAGGUUCCUCACACGCCCCAAGGCCUUCUCUGUGUGCGUGGGCAAGGAUGCCACCCUGAGCUGCACAAUUGUCGGCAGCCCCACGCCACUUAUCACCUGGGAGAAGGAGAAGCUGAAGCUGACAUCCGGGGGCCGCUUCAAGACAGUAGAGGAUGGGGAAGUGUACCGUCUCACCAUCUAUGACUUGGUCUUGGAAGACAGCGGCCAGUACCUGUGCAGGGCCAAAAACAGCAUUGGGGAGGCCUAUGCUGCUGUGACCCUCAAAGUGGCCCUUCCGACUGAGAUGACGCCCAGGGCACCUGUGUUCAUGGUCAAGCCCACUUCAGCACGUGUAGGUUUAGGCGGGGAUGCUGUUUUCCACUGCAGAGUUGCAGCUCACCCUGAAGCCAACUUUGACUGGGAAAAGGACGGCCGCUACCUUGGCGAGUCCAACCGUGUCAAGAUUGUUUCAGACAGCGAUAGCAGCACCUUGAAGAUCCAGAGCGUACGCAACCUGGACAGCGGCACUUAUACCUGCAGGGCCCAGAACACCUUGGGUCGGGCCCACGCUGCCGCUGCCCUCGUGGUAGACGCACAGGAUGCCCACCUACUCUCCUCCGACAACCACACUUCUCUCCUAUCUCACCUCCAGAAACGCAAAGAGGAAAUGAAGAAGGACAUCUCUGUCUUUCGCAUGGAGGACACCACCUCUUCCUUUAACUCGGGCAAAAUCCCCGAUGGUUUGGAACAUGAGGUGAGGUCGUCGAUCCUGGCAAAGCUGCCGAAGGGCGUGUUCACCCGCACGUGCACUGUCACCGAGGGCAAGCACGCCAAACUGAGCUGCUUUGUAACAGGUCACCCCAAGCCGCACAUCAUUUGGAGGAAGGAUGGAACUAACAUCAGUGAGGGUCGCCGUCAUGUUAUAUAUGAAGACCACGCGGAGAACUUCAUCCUCAAAAUUCUAUACUGCAAGCAGAGCGACAAUGGCUUCUACACCUGUAAUGCCACUAACAUGGCAGGACAGACAUACAGUGCUGUGCUGGUAACAGUCAAGGAGCCAAAGGUGCCGUUCAGGAGGAAGCUUCAAGAUGUGGAGGUCCAAGAGAAAACAUCAGCCACACUGAUGUGCGAGGUGCCAGUCAGUGGCAACCAGACCAGCUGGUUCAUGGAGGAGACGCGUCUGGAACAAAACAGAAAGUAUUGCAUGGAGGAGCAAGGUACCCUGCGUCGUCUCACCAUUCACAACGUGACCACGAACGACGAUGGCGUGUACAUCUGUGAAAUGAAGGAGGGCAGCCGUACUGUGGCAGAGCUCACCGUCCUGGGCAAUAUUACCAAGAAGCUUCCUCGGAGAACAGUGGUUCCUGUCAGCGACACAGUUAUCUUCUGUGUGGAGCUGGAGCAUCCCUGCCCUGAUGCCUACUGGACCCGCAAUGGCGACAAGCUGAAGGAGGAUUCCCGUAUUUCUAUUGCUUGCCUGCUCAGGCAGUACACUCUUACCAUUAGAGAGUGUCUGGCAGACGACUCAGGAGAAGUGGCGUUUGUGGCUGGAGACUGCAAGACGUCCACCCGAUUCUCCGUCACUGCUGCAAGGAAGCAUCCUCCCGAUCCCCCAGUUGAUCCUGUGGUGCAGAACAAGACUGACUCAGCCAUCACCUUUCAGUGGUCUCCUCCUGACAGCGACCGCCCUGUGCCCAUUAAGGGCUAUAUCGUGGAGAGGAGAAAGGUUGGUGCUCAGACCUGGCAGAGGUGCAACGCUGGAGAAACCGUUUUGUCCACAGAGAUCACGAUCUCUAACUUCGUAGAGGAAGCCACUUACCAAUUCCGCAUCUCUGCGACCAAUGACUUUGGCCAGAGUGCCUACUUGGAAGUGCCUGGAAGCUUCUACCUUGAACCCACAGCAGAAAUCAUGAAAGGUCUUGUGAGCAGCACCGCAGUAUCUGGUGAGGAGUUCUCCAUCUCAGUGGAGCUGUCAGCUGUUUGUUCAGGCUUCUGGUCUCUCAAUGGCCGUCUCCUGCGCAGUGGGGGUGACUACCUCAUCACACGGUCCAAGAAUGUGCACGUUUUGCUUAUACGAGAGGUGACCCUGGACAUGAACGGUGCAGAAAUCAAGUUCGUGGGCGGGGGCUCACAGAGCAGUUGUGUCUUAGCCGUCAAGGCCCCCGCUGUUAGGUUCACUAAUAAGGAAAAUCUCCAAGAGGUGACCUGCAGUGCCCAAGACACUGCUCAGAUGACGGCUGAGGUGUCCGAUUACGAUGCACAGGUGGUUUGGAUGAGAAAUGGGCGAGAGGUAAAAAUGGGCAAGAAGUAUGAAAGCAUGAUCAUGGACCGCAGGAGGAUGCUCAUGGUCCACAAUGUUACAGAAGAAGAUGUGGGCAUCUACGAGUGUGUUUGCGCUGAUGACAAAAUCUCCGUGCAGCUUGCCCUUAAAGAUGAACCCGCCAAGUUUCUAAACAAGCCGAGAGGUCCCAUGGGGCUGUUGUCCUGCCUGAAAGGAGAUCUUGAGCUGAGCUGUGAGGUCUCUCCUGCCAGCGCAAAUGUGGUGUGGAGAAAAGACCUGGUGGAGAUCACUGAGGACCAAAGAACUAGCAUUAUUGCCAAAGGAAUCCAAAGGAAACUCGUCAUUAAGAAUGCCAAAAAAAGCGACGAAGGUCAUUACUCCUGUGAGACAGCUGCCGACAAAGUCACAUUCCAGGUGAAAAUUAAAGAAACUCAGGCCCAACCUGCCUUCUCCAACAAGGAGUCAGUGCAAGGGGAGGUGAAAGCGAUCCUCUCCCAAAAAGCCACCCUCAGUUGCACAAUGUCAGACAGCAAGACAGAAGUGAAAUGGUACAAAGACGGCAAGCUGCUCAUAUCCAGUCGGACAAUCUACUCUGAAGUCAAAGGCAGUAAUCGUCUGCUGGUGAUUGAAAAGGUUGACAGGAGUGAUGCUGGAGAGUACACCUGUGAAGCUGGAGGAGAGAAGCUGGUCUUUAAAUUUACAGUGCAAGAUGAUCAGUCAGCCUUCGUCAAUCAGGAAUCAGUCCAGAGAGAAGUGACUGCCACACUCUCCCAGAGAGCCACUUUGAGCUGUGAAGUAUCUGACUCCCACAAGGAGGUGAAGUGGUACAAAGAUGGCAAGCUGUUGUCCUUUAGCAAGAUCAUACAUGCAGAGGCAAAGGGCAAGAGUCGCCAGCUGGUGAUCGACAGCAUUGAGCAGAAGGAUGGCGGGGAGUACAUCUGUGAAGCUGGGGCAGAUAAGCUGGCUUUUAAGAUCCACGUGACCGAGCCUCCGUCAGCCUUCUUCAACAAAGGAGAGAAAGCCACGCUGAGCUGUGAGUUGGCUGAUUCCAAGACAGAAGUAAAAUGGUACAAGGAUGGCAAACUGCUUGUCAGCGGCAAGACAUUGCGUACAGAGUUGAAGGGCAAGACUCGCCAGCUGGUGAUUGACAGCGUGGAGAAGAAGGAUGCUGGGGUAUACACCUGUGAGGCUGGGGCUGAGAAGCUGGUCUUUAAACUCUAUGUAACAGAUGUUCAAAGCAAGCCAGCCUUCUCCAACAUCGACUCACUUCAGAGGGAGGUGAUAGCCUCUCUCUCCCAGAAAGCUCUCCUGACAUGUGAAGUGUCCAGUCCCGACACAGAAGUGAAAUGGUACAAGGAUGGCAAAGUGCUGGCCUCCAGUAAGAUGAUACGUGCAGAGUCCAAGGGUAAAAGUCGCCAGCUGGUGUUUGACAGUGUGGAGAAGAAGGAUGCUGGGGAGUACGUCUGUGAGGCUGGAAGUGAAAAGCUGACGUUCAGGAUACAAGUGGCAGCCUUUCAGCCCAAGUCAGCCUUCUCCAACAAAGAAUCCAUCCAGAAGGAGGUGAAAGCAUCUGUCUCCCAGAAAGCCACCUUGAGCUGUGAGGUGGCAGAUUCAAAGAUCGAGGUGAAAUGGUACAAAGAUGGCAAGCUGUUGUCUUCGAGCAAGACUCUACAUAAAGAGUCGAAGGACAAGAGUCGUCACCUGGUGAUUGACAGUUUAAUAAAGGAGGACGCUGGAGAAUACACAUGUGUGGCUGGAACUGAGAAGCUAACAUUCAGGAUACAGGUGGCAGAUGCCCCUGCUGGCUUCUCUAACAAGGACUCAGUCCAAAGGGAGGUGAAAGCCAUUCUUUCCAAGAAAGCCACGUUAAGCUGUGAGGUUUCCGAUGCCAAAACAGAAGUAAAAUGGUACAAGAAUGGCAAGCUGCUGACUUCCAGCACAGGGCUCCACAUGGAGGCAAAGGGCAGGAGUCGGGAGAUGGUGAUAGAAAAAAUGGACAAAAAAGAUGUCGGGGAAUACACAUGUGAGGCUGGAGCAGAGAAGCUGGUGUUUAAACUGCAGAUGGCAGAUAUACCUGCCACGUUCCAGAAGAAGUCUGCAAAGGACACAUCAUUCAUCAUUCAAUCAAGUGAGAACAUUGUUUUGACCAGUGAGCUGGCGGCUGAGAGCACUGUAAGUGUGAGGUGGUUUAAAGAUGGCGUGGAGCUCAAGGAGGGCAGCAAGUACCAAAUGAAAAAAGACGGCCUGUCUCGUACUCUCGUUGUCAAAACCACCGAAUCCAAAGACAGCGGCGUGUACUCUUGUAUUACAGCGGAUGACAAACUGGAGUUCAAAGUCCAGGUUAAAGAGGCUGUGUUGGAGUUUCUUGUACCCUUGAAAGCUUCAACAGUUGAUUUAGGGGGCACACUGAUUCUGAUGUGUGAAUUGAACCAAGCCUCAGGGGAUGUUGUGUGGUACCAUGGUGGUUCUGAGGUCAAACACGGAGGCAGGUUCUUCAUCAAGACAGAUGUUGCUAAGCGGAUUCUCACAGUCACCAACACGACGAAGGAAGAUGAAGGCGAAUACAGCUGUGAAUGUAAAAAUGACAAGACCUCUGCCAAAAUCUCCGUAAUAGUUCCCAGAUCUGUUAGGCUAACUUCAAAGCUCAACAAUGUUGCCGCGAUGGAGGGAAAAGACGGCAUUUUCAAGUGCACCGUCACCCCAGCUGACGUGCACGUUAAAUGGUUUCACAACAACGUUCCCAUCACCUCCGGAGCCAAGUAUAAGAUUGAGCAUGCGGGCAACAGCCACUCAGUCACCAUUACGUCUGUCACCCAGAAGGAUGCUGGAGAGAUCAGCAUAGACGCUGAGGGGAAAAGCUGCAAAGCUACUCUUCAAGUCCAACGUGAGCCGGUGACAUUUAAGAGAAAGUUGGAGAACUUGACUGUGGAGGAGCAGAGUGAAGCCAAGCUGGAGGUGGAGCUGAGUAAGCCGUCAGAUGAAGUCAAGUGGAUGAAGAACAGCAUCGUGUUGCAGACUUCAGGGAACACGGAGGUCCGAGUCGAUGGGGCUAAACUGGCUCUGGUCUUCAAGAGCGUUACAUACUCUGACCGCGGAUUCUACUCCUGUGAAACCCUAGAUGACAAAACACAGGCCAAGCUCACUGUGGAGAUGAAGAAAAUCCAGAUAGUAAAAGGUCUCACUGAGACAAAGGCACAUGAGACAGAGACAGUCGCCCUUGAGGUUGAGCUCAGCCAGGCAGAUACUGAAGGCUUCUGGACCAGGGACGGAAUUAAGCUCAAAUCAGGGCCUGACUGCCAUGUGACAGUUCUGGGAAAGAAGCACACCCUCACUUUGUCAAAUCUGACAAGAGAGGAUGCAGGAACCAUCGGCUUCCAAGCGGAAGGAGUGCGUACUUCCUGCAAACUCAUUGUUGCAGAACCUCCUGCUACGAUCUCAAAGCCCAUUUUGGAUAUCAGUGUUACUGAGAAGGAGAAGGUGACUUUUGAGUGUGAGGUGUCUAGAACAAAUGCGGAAGUAAAAUGGUUCAAGGAUGAUGUAGAACUGAGACCAGGGAGGAAUUAUAGCAUCCACUCUUUGGCACGAAAACGCACUUUGGUCAUCAACAAGUGCGCGCCUGAAGACGCAGGCAGUUACAUCUGUCGCACCACCGAUGACAAUACAUGUGCCAAGCUCACUGUUCUUGCCAGAGAUAUUAAGAUUGUGAAGACGCUGGAGGAUGUGGAGGUGACAGAGAAGGAGAGCGCCACAUUUGUCUGUGAAAUCUCACACGAUGACGUGGAAUGCCAGUGGUACAGAGGGGCUGCUAAAGUUAAAGCAGGGGACAACAUCAAGCUGAGACAAGAAGGCAGAACACAUAAGCUGCUGUUUAAAAGUGUAUCUCCAGAAGAUAUAGGUGAGAUUAAAUUUACAGCCGAGAAUGCCUCUUCAACUGCACAACUGAGGGUGAAAGAACUCCCCGUCAACUUUGUGAAGAAGCUCAGGGAUAAGAUAGCCAUCUAUAAGCACCGUGGCCACCUGGAGUGCCAAGUGUCACGGGCCAGCGCCAAAGUCAAGUGGUUCAAAAACAAGACGGAACUCAGAGCCGGCAAGAAGUAUGAGAUCAAAAGCGAGGAUGUAUACCGAAAGCUCACUGUCAUCGACGUUGACUCCGGGGAUGAAGACACUUACACAUGUGAUGCCAUUGAUGACAAGACAUCAUGUAAACUACUUGUGGAAGAACAGUCAAUUAGCAUUGUGCGGGAGCUGAGUCCUGUCGAGGUGACAGAACCCUUCGUUGCUGUCUUCGAAGUUGAGCUCAGCAUGCAACUGGUGAAGCCCCCAAUAUGGACUCUCUGUGGGGUCGCCGUGCAAAAGAGCGCUGACAUUGAGAUAGAGCAAGAGGGUACUAUGCAUCGCCUCACAUUCAAAAAGACCAAGUCGUCGAUGACGGGACCUGUGCAGUUCACCGCUGGGAAGAGCAAGUCCCUUGCUCAACUCACAGUUAAAGAGCGUCCCCUUGAGGUUGCAGAACCUAUCAAAGACGUGAAGGCCAAAGAGAAAAGCUCAGCCAUGCUUACCUGUAAAUUCUCUGCCCCACCUAAAGAGGUGCAAUGGUUUAAAGGCCAGGUAGCUCUUUUUCCAUCAGACAAAUACAACACCAAGCAAGACGCCACAAGGGCUCAACUCACUAUUCACAUGCUGACUGAGGAAGACAGUGGCGAGUAUCGUUGUCAGUCGGGACCUGCCUCAACCAAAGGCAGUCUACUAAUUGAAGUGCGUGAUAUUAAAUUGACCAAGCACCUCGCUGACACAGAGGUGGAUGAGGACAGCGACGCAGUAUUCACAUGUGAGGUCAACUACGCAGACGAAGACGCCUGUUGGCUUCUUAAUGACAAGGAGCUCUUCACAAAUGAUGUCAACACUAUAAGUCACGAGGGAAAAGUCCACAAACUCACCCUCAAGAACCUGGCACCUCAGGACGGAGGGAUUAUCACAGUUAAAGUCCGCAAAGUGAAGGAGUCUGUCACGCUUAAGGUUAAAGAAAAGCCUGCCUUGUUCCUCAAAUCUCUGGAUGAUGUCGUUGGCGAGGAGAAAGGCUUGAUCACUCUGGCCUGUGAGGUGUCAAAGCCCAGGGUUUCUCCCACGUGGAGGAAAGAAGGCAGCCUUAUUAGUGCUGGAACCAAAUAUGAGUUCCUUCACACUGGCAAAUCUUUGGGACUCAUCAUCAAGGAUGUGAGCAAAGAUGACGCUGGGGAGUACACUUGUGAUCUUGGAACUGAGGUGUCCAAGGCUAAGGUCACUGUAAGAGAAAUUGGCAUCGGGAUCACAAAGUGGCUGAAGUUAUCUGAGGUGAACGAGGGGGAGACAUGCAGUUUUGAGUGCAUCCUAUCCCGUGAGAGCACUGAUGAGUGCUCCUGGACUCUGAAUGGACAAAAUGUUACCAAUGGAGGACGUUUUAAAGUUACCAGCAGAGGACGGAAAUACAUGCUGACGAUCAAGGACAUCACCCCUGCUGAUGCUGGAGAGGUGGUCUUCAGAAUUAAAGACCUCACCUCUAAAGCAACGCUAACAGUUGAAGGAAAGGCUUCAUCACUGUCAAGGGAACUAGAAAAUGUAAGCGUGGCUCAAGGGGAAGAUGCUACCUUUACCUGUGAAGUGACACAGGCCACCUCUACUGUCAAAUGGACAAAGGAGGGCAAAGCCAUAAAGAAGAGCCAGAAGUAUGACAUCAGAAAAGAAGAGAGGGUCGUGAAGCUCGUCAUCUACAACGUCUCGGCUCAAGACUCCGGCGAGUACAGCUGUGAAGUUGUUGGAGGUGCAACCACAAAAGCCAGGCUUCAGGUUAAAGAGCCAAUCCACAAGUUCACCAAAGCACUAAAAGACAUCCAAGCAGAUGAGAAGACCUCUGUGACUUUGCAAUGUGAGACUGCUCAAAAUCCAUCCUUGGUGACAUGGCUCAAAGGGCACACAGAGCUCAAGGCUGGAGGUCGGUUCGAGAUGUGUCAGAAGGAGGGAGCCUUAACUCUCACCAUUAAACAACUUGAGGAAGAAGACAGUGAUAUCUACACUUGUGAUGUGGGCACAGCUAAGAGCAUGGCAAAGGUGACAGUUAAAGCCCUGCCUGCCACUUUCAAAGAAAAGCUGAAGAACCAAGACGUAAAAGAAGGCGAGACCGUAACUCUUCGCUGUGAGCUAUCGAAGAGUGCAGCCAACGUCCAGUGGAGGAGGGGAUCUGAAAUUCUCACCACUGGGGAGAAGUAUGAUGUGAAGCAGAGGGAGGCUUCUUGCGAGCUUCAAAUUAAGAAUCCGCAGAUCAACGACAGUGCAGAGUACACCUGUUUAUGUGGGGACCAGAAGACAUCAGCAACAGUGAAAAUUAAUGCAUUACCAGCGUACUUCACACUGAAGCUGCAGAGUCAGGAGGCUCAAGAAGGAACCAGGGUUACUCUACACUGUGAGACGUCUAAGCCGCUAGUCUCAGUGGAGUGGAGGAAAGGAAGGCAACUGCUCAUGUCGGGAGAAAAGUACCAGAUGAAGCAGGAGGCAUGUAGAAAUGAGCUCCUCAUUUUCCAAGCGGUGCCUGAAGACAGUGGAGAGUAUAUCUGUGUGUGCGGAGAGCAGACAACCACUGCCUAUCUAAAAAUCAACGCAUUACCGGUGAACUUCACAAAGAAGCUGCAGACUCAGGAGGCAGAAGAAGGAGCUGAGGUGGCACUACGUUGUGAGACAUCGAAACCUGGAGCCCCAGUGGUGUGGAAGAAGGGAAGGCAGGUUCUCAAGUCUGGAGAAAAGUACAAGAUGCAGCAGGAGGCUUGUGUGAAUGAACUCCACCUCAGCCAAGUGGUGCCAGACGACAGUGGGGAGUACAGCUGUGUGUGUGGAGAACACCACACUACAGCUAGCCUCCAUAUUAAGGCUAAACCAGUGACCUUCACAAAGAAGCUGCAGAGUCAAGAGGCUGAAGAAGGAGCUAAGGUGAUACUACGCUGUGAGACAUCUAAACCUCUAGUCCCAGUGGAGUGGAAGAAGGGAAGACAGGUCCUCAAGUGUGAAGAAAAGUACCAGAUGAAGCAGGAGGCUUGUGUGAAUGAACUCCACAUCAGCCAAGCGUUACCAGGAGACAGUGGAGAGUAUAGUUGUGUGUUUGGCGAAUGCAUCACCACAGCUAACCUCACCAUUAACGCCCAACCACUGGCCUUCACAAAGAAGCUGCACAGUCAGGUGGCUGAAGAAGGAACUAAGGUGACGCUGCGCUGUGAGACAUCUAAACCUCUAGUCUCAGUAGAGUGGAAAAAGGGAAGACAGGUCCUCAAGUAUGGAGAAAGGUAUCAGAUAAAGCAGGACGCUUGUGUGAAUGAGCUCCACAUCAGCCAGGUAGUGCCAGAAGACAGUGGCGAGUACAGCUGUGUAUGUGGAGAAUGCAACACUUCAGCUAACCUCACCAUAAAAGCCCAACCAGUGACCUUCACAAAGAAACUGCAGAGUCAGGAGGCCGAUGAAGGAGCGAAGGUGAUACUACGCUGUGAGACAUCUAAACCUCUCGUCUCAGUGGAGUGGAAGAAGGGAAAGCAGGUCCUCACGUCUGGAGAAAAGUACCAGAUGAAGCAGGAGGCUUGUGUGAAUGAACUCUUGAUUCAAAGAGCAGCAGAGGAAGACAGCGGAGAAUACAGCUGUGUCUGUGCCGACAAUAAAACAACAGCAAGCCUUAAAAUUCAAGUACUUCCGAUCACGUUACUUGAAGAAAUGGAAAGUCAAGAGGCUGACGAGGGAGGUUGUGUUACUUUACGCUGUCAGCUUUCUAAACCCGGACUUGCUGUCGAAUGGAAGAAGGAAACUCAAAUGCUGAGUUGUGGAGAAAAAUACCAGAUGAUACAAAGCAGGCACAGUUAUGAGCUACGAAUCUUUGAUUUGAGGCCUUGUGACACAGGGACAUACUCGUGUUCUUGGGAGGACACAACAAGCUCUGCCUCCCUUAAAGUCAACGCUCUCCCAGUCACUUUUACAAAAAAUCUGGACGACCAAACCGCUGAUGAGGGCCAAAGUGUUACUCUGCAGUGUGAGCUCUCCAAACCUGGUGUUCCGGUAGAGUGGCGGAAGGGAGAACUUGGUCUUUGUCUGUGUUCCAAGUAUGAAAUUACACAAACGGUGCACACUGUCACGCUAGUAAUCCAUGACGUAGACAAAGAUGAUGCUGGAUAUUACACGUGCGACACUGGUUUCCAUCAAAGCACAGCACACAUAGCUGUGAAUGCCCAACCUGUGCUAUUCAAAAGCCAGCUUCAGGACCUGGAGAGGCAGUUAGGGGAGAGUGCUGUUCUCCGCUGUGAGACCACCAAGCCUGGAGCUAGCGUGAUGUGGAGACAUGGGAAUAGGGUGCUGGCAUCUAGCAGCAAGUAUCACUUGAAACAAGCAGGAACUCUAGUAGAGCUCGUCAUUUUUAAGGUGCAGGGAGCCGAUUCAGGAGAAUACUCUUGUGAUACAGGCAGUCAAAUGACUUCGGCCAUCCUCACUGUACAGGAAGCGGACGUGUCAAUAGUGAAAUUCUUGGAGAGCUGCGUUGUACACGAGGGCGAGGACGUGCGCUUUGAGUGCAUUGUGUCGCAUGAGGACGCACCAUCGACUCAGUGGAAGCUGCAGGACAUCCCGCUGCAGAAUAAUGAAAUGAACGUUAUUACCACGGAGGGCCGGGCUCACAGCCUCAUGCUUCGAGGCGUCACUGUGGCCGACUCGGGCACUGUCACGUUCUCAGUGGGCAACCACACCUCCACGGCCUCUCUUACUGUUAGAGCUGCCACUGUUUUAUUCAAGAAGAACCUGGACAGUCAAGAAGCCACAGAAGGAGACAAAGUCACUCUUUCCUGUGAGACAACCAGCCCUGACUGCAAGGUGUCAUGGAAGAAGGGCUUCACUCUGCUCACCCAUGGAGAUAAGUACACCAUAGAGCAUAGCGCUGCCACUCACACCCUUACCAUUCACAAGCUGAAACUGGAGGACAGUGGAGAGUAUAGCUGUGACACUGGUGACAAGAAAAGCUCUGCUACUGUCACUGUGAAAGAACACGUACGCAUUAUGCGGGAACUACACGACAUUACCAUGAAAACUGGGCAGGAUGCCGUCUUUGAGGUGGAGUUGUCUCAUCCUGGUGUGACGAAUGUGGAAUGGUGGCUUGGAGACAACCUUCUUCAGAAUAAUGACCUGAACCAAAUGAGCAGCGACGGCAAAGUACACCGCUUAGUGCUGAAGAUGGUCACCACGGACGAAUCAGGGGACGUUGCCUUUGUGGUGGGUCAGGAAAAAAGUGUAGCUUGUCUGCUGGUGGAAGAAAAACCCAAAGUGCUAAUCCUAGAGAAGCCUCAUAACACUGCAGCCUUAGAGGGGGAAACGGUCACUCUGGCCUGCACCAUUUCUGACUCCAAGGCUACCGUUACCUGGAUGAGAAACAACAUUGUCAUCAAAGCCGGUCUGAAGUAUGACCUGAAAAAGAACGGCACCUUCCAGCAGCUUCGCAUCCACAAUGUUUUGCUAGAGGAUGCUGGAACAUACACCUGUGACACUGGAGAUGUUCAGUGCGAUGUUACUGUCACUGUUGAAGCUCCCUCAGCAUUCUUUAAGAAGGAGCUGAAGAACCAGCAAGCUGUCGCGGGUGAUGAUGUCACCCUCCGCUGUGAGCUGUCGAGGCCGGGUGUCCUCGUGGAGUGGAGGAAAGGUGGCAUGGUCCUCACGCCUGGUAAGAAGUAUGAAAUCUGGCAGGAGGGGUGCGUUCAAGAGCUGUGUAUACACAACCUGGAUCCCGAAGACAGUGGUUACUACACCUGUGAUGCAGGUGAUCAGCUCACCACCGCUUCUGUGGCAGUGCAAGUGUUAGAGGUCUACAUUGUGUCCGGUCUUAAAGCCGUCGAUGUUUUCGUUGGGGAAUGGGCAACCUUCUCUUGCCAGCUGUCCGGUCAAGUGCCCGGCAAGGUGCAAUGGUGGCUGGACGGCACUUUGCUGAAGAACGGCCCCACUAGCGAGAUAGGGCUGAAUGAGGGCCACAUCCAUACGCUCACCUUUAAGAACCUGGCCACAGAUGACUCUGGCACUGUCAUGUUUAAAGCUGGCAGUUUAACAUCAGUGGCCAAGCUCCUUGUCAAAGAUCCCACAGUCGAAGUGGUGAACGACAUGGAGGACCUCAGGGUGGUCGAAAACCAGCCGGCCGAGUUCAUCUGCCAGUUCUCGAGGCCGGUCAAGGCAGAGUGGAAGAAAGAUGGGCAGCCAUUGCAGCCUGAUGGCCGCAGGGUGGUAGUGGAGCAGGACUGGACAGUGGCUCGCUUGUACAUUAGCCGUGUUUCUGCCGGAGAUAGUGGGACAUACUCCUGUGAGGCAGAGGGGACCCGUGUGGUUGCUUCGCUUCAUGUGGAAGCCAAACCUAUUGAUAUAGUCCAGGGCCUGGAGAACGCAGAGACAUUUGAUGGAGGAGAAGCACUCUUUGAAUGCGCCUUGUCUCGCCCAGAGAACAAAGACUGCCAGUGGCUUCUUGACGGCAAACCAGUGAAGGAAUCCCCCAAUGCUGAGAUUGUGUCUUUCGAGAGUGGCCGUCGUCAUCUGCUCUUACUCAAAGAGCUGCGUAUUAGUGACAGUUGCACUGUUACCUUCAAAGCAGGCACUGCAUCCACAUCUGCUCAGCUGUCUGUCAAAGGCUGGCAGCUAGGCGUGGUGAAGAGUCUUGAGGACAAGGUAGCCACCGUCGGAGAGAGAGUGGAGUUCUGCGUGGAGCUGACUGAGCCCGUACCUCCAGCAGAAGUUGUUUGGUACGCUAAUGGGGUAGAGCUGAAGCAUGGCGACCUGUGGACCAUGAGGACAGACGGCUGCUCAUAUCGCCUGAUCAUGAGACAGGCGCCGCUGUUGCCCCAACAGGAAAUUACAUUUGCAGCACGAGAUGCUCUUUCUCUGGCCAAGCUCUCCAUAAUUACUGUACCCGACCCCCCAGAGGACCCAGAGGUCUUCAGUAAGACCAAACAGUCUGUCACCCUUUCAUGGUUCACUCCUCUGCAUGACGGAGGCAGUCCCAUUCUGGGCUACAAGGUGGAGAUGAGACUGGCGGACAGCUCUCUAUGGCUACCUUGUCAUUCUGCCCCCGUGUGCAACACUGAGUUUGUGGUGGAGGGUCUCAUCCCAGGCAGUGGCUACAGGUUUAGAGUGGCAGCCAUCAACCGAGCCGGCACGGGGGAGCCAGUUGAGCUUCCUUUAACUGUGCAGCUCGAAACAGAGGUGAAAGAAGUCAAGACGGAGCAACUAGGACAGCCAAGUCUACCACCGGAAGCUGCUGAAGAAGGUGACCUCCAUGAACUGUGGGAGGCCUCGGCAAAGAAAAGACGCAUGAGUCGAGAGCCCACUCUUGACUCCAUCACUGAACAACCUGAAGAUGAUAAAAAAGGUGCCCAAAAGAAAACACAACAGGAGGAAGAAGUGAAGCCAGCGGAGAAAGAGCCGGCCAAGAAGCAGCCUGAGGAUGAGUCUGCUUCCGGGGGAUCUUCAAUUGUAUCGUACCUUAAGAAGAACAGCCAGCUUCAGUCUGUCACAAGGACCUCUGAGGAAGAGGAGGCCACUGAGAGGUUCUUCAAGCACUUCCAGAUGGUCGAUCAGAGAACUGAAGUCAAAACGACAACAAUGACUAAGCAUACUGACACAAAGGAGUUGUUAGCAGAGGAGACUGACUUCAUGGAGAUCAGCAAAGAAGACGAGCCUGAGCUGAGAGAAGCUGCCAUUAAGAUCCAAGCUGCCUUCAAGGGCUACAAAACUCGCAAGGACAUGCGGCCUGUCUUUAAGGAGGUAUUCAAAGAUCAGACCAAAGAACCUAAUGGCACCAUCCACCUGGAGUGUGUGGCAGAAGGUAGACCUGAUAGAGUACGCUGGCUGAAGGAUGGAGAACCACUGUCUGACGGCAAGCACCACCAUAUCGAUAUCUACAAUGACGGCACAUGUUCUCUCGUCAUUACCGCCAUUACCACAAAGGACACAGGGGUGUACACAUGCGAGGUCACCAAUAAGUUUGGAGUUGUUUCUCACAGUGGGAAGGUAACAGUGGGAAUGAUGAGGGAAUCAUCCGGGCGGCGUCCACUCAUGCUGGGCUACAGCGCUGACAGCGAGCCCGACAGCUCAUCGGGCAGCGAGAUGGAUGAAUCACUGAGGCAGGCCAGCAGACGUCUCCGCCGCCUGUUGCGCACACGCCUCCCCCCGGAUGUGGAGGAAGAGCCUUUCGUCAGCGCAGAUGAAGGGGAUAUGAAGCACCCAGAUCCUCACUCAUACAGAGAAGAUGACACUUACAUUUACAUCCGCUUUGACACAUGGGCAGAGGCAGAGGUGGCUUCCAAGAGAUUCCAGGAGAUGUUUACGAUCCAUGGAGUUCCUGUGGAGACCACCAUCUUGGAUGCUGGACAUCUCAAAGUGGAGCUACGGAUUAGGAAGUUGGGGUAUAGUCAAGAUGGAGCUGAAACGCCUACACAAGAAAAACAGUCUCCUGCAUUCUUGUCUGGAGCGCCUGCUGCCCCGGUCUUCCUGACAGAGUUACAAAAUCAGGACGUCCCCGAUGGCUACCCGGUCAGCUUUGACUGCGUGGUGAUCGGCAAACCUUCCCCCACCAUCCGCUGGUACAAAGACGGCAAACUGCUGGAGGAGAAUGAUCAUUACAUGAUUAACGAGGACCAGGAGGGCUGCCAUCAGCUCAUCAUUACGGCCGUGCUGCCCACCGACAUGGGCGUCUAUCGCUGCACAGCAGAAAACAGCAGCGGCAUCACAGCCACUUGGGCUGAGCUCAGAGUUGACAUGUCUUGCAGCUCCGAUUAUGACACUGCUGCUGAUGCUGCUACUGAAACGUCGUCUUACAUCAGUGCCAAGGGCUAUCUGUCCAGGGAGACUGAGACCUUUGAGUCUGUAACAGAAGAUGAUCAGAUGCCACAAGUCGUGGAGGAACUUCAUGAUGUUCAUGCCAGUCCAGGUUCACCAAUGGCCAGGAUGCCGCUUAGAGUAAAAGGUUUCCCCAAACCAAGGGUUUACUGGUUCAAAGAUGGACACCCCCUCCGUGCCUCGGAAAGGGUUUCGUUGUUAGUGCAGCAAGAUGUUCAUGCCUUGGAGAUUCUGGAGGUGAAGAAAGAGGACAUGGGAGAGUACUCUGCAUACAUCAGCAACGCCGCUGGUUCUGCUUACUCCUCUGCCCGACUCAUUGUUCUGAAUCCAGGGGAGAUCCUACCACAAGAUCAGAAAGACUCCAGGGAGUCAUUGGUGCCACCACGUUUCCUGGAAAGGUUCAGCAACAGAAAAGUAAAACAAGGAGCCAGCAUCACAUUAUCUGUCAAAGUGGAAGGGUCUCCCACCCCGAUGAUCUCUUGGCUAAAGGAAGAGUCAAUGGAAGACGUACUGUGGAUCAAGCCUGACACCAAGGGAUACAAAAUAGCAAGUUCUGGACGACAACAUAGCCUCAUCUUAAUGGAUGUGGGAACAGAGUACACUGGUGCCUAUACAUGUAUUGCGACCAAUAAGGCAGGACAGUCCAUCUGUACCGCCCACCUUGAGGUGGAUGACACUCCACCACAAAAGAAAGAGACCAAACCUUCAGAAGUUCUUGGGAUUACCGUCAGUCCACCAGAGGAGGAUGUAAAGAAAGGAAAAGAGAGUAAAAUGUCCUACCUAGGAGAAGUGGGUUCAGAGGAAUUCCUCAUGAAACUCACCUCCCAGAUAACUGAAAUGGUAUCAGCCAAGAUCACCCAAGACAGCACACAGAAUCAGGAAGUGCUCCAGUGGAUGAAAUCUUGGCCCAAAACCAACACUUCACUGCGAGUGCCAGGUGCUGACAGCGACGAGGAGACCAAGACCCCUUCGCCAUCACCACAUCAUGGCCGCUCUCGCCCCCCCUCCCUCGUGGCAGAGUCCUCCUCUGAGUCUGAUGAAGGGGAUGCUAGGGGAGAAAUGUUUGACAUCUACGUGGCAACGGCCAACUAUGACCCCGUCUUGGCAAGCAAAGAGUCUAUUUCCCUGAAGGAGGGACAAUAUGUGGAGGUUUUGGACUCAGCCCACCCGCUCAAGUGGUUGGUAAGGACCAAACCCACCAAGACGACGCCAUCCCGCCAAGGCUGGGUGUCACCUGCAUACCUGGACAAAAAACUCAAACUCUCUGCAGAUGCAGGCGACUUGCCAGAAGCAAAUGUGGAGGAGAUGUCUGAGGGAGAAUACAAGAAGAAGUUAUUCCAACUGAUGCAGGACCUAAUCAGAGGUGAAUCUGAGUUUGUCAAAGAGAUUGACUUCUUCACGGUUCAUCACCUGAAGCACGCCAACAGCCAGGAUGCACCUGCUGAUGUCAGCAGCCAGAAGGAGUCCAUAUUUAGGAACAUCGACGACAUCAAGGAGUUCCAUAGCAAGGCUUUCCUCCCCAAGUUAAAUGACUGUGACACAGAUGACGACUUGGCCAUGUGCUUCCUGAAGAACAAGGAGGGCUUUGAAAAGUACCUCCAGUAUCUUGUAGGUCAGAGCCAGGCGGAGUGUGCCGUCAGUGACAAAACCGUGCACCAUUUCUUCAAGGAGUACACAGAGAAGGAACAAAUCAGUGCUGACCCUGCUGGCCCGCCUGUACGCAGCAUUAACGCUUACCUCCAGCAGCCUCUGGAGAGGAUUCAGAAGUACAAGGCCUUCCUCAAGGAGCUCAUCCGAAAUAAGGCCAAAAAUGGCCAGAACUGCUGCCUCCUGGAAGAAGCGUAUGCCAUGGUGUCUGCGCUUCCUCAACGUUCUGAGAACACACACCAUGUCUCCAUGAUUGAGAACUACCCAGCCACCCUUGAAGCAUUAGGAGAGCCUCUAAGACAGGGACCAUUCCAAGUGUGGGAGGGAGCUCCUGGAAUAAGAACUUCUUCGAGAGGUCACCACCGCCAUGUCUUCCUCUUCAAGAACUACUGCAUCAUCUGCAAAUCCAAGCGAGACAGCAAUACUGACACACAAACAUAUGUCUUUAAGAACAUGAUGAAGCUGAACAACAUUGAUGUGAACGAGACAGUGGAGGGUGAUGACCGUGCCUUCGAGAUCUGGCACGAACGUGAGGAUUCUGUGAGGAAAUAUACUUUGCAGGCCCGAACCGUUACAAUCAAGAACUCAUGGCUGAGAGACCUCAGAGAACUUCAACAGAGAUACACCAUGACUGCCUGGAGUCCUCCUGACUUCGUGGAAAUUCUGGCAAACUGCACAGCAGAGCUCGGACAGACGGUUAAACUAGCUUGCAAAGUGACAGGAGUACCCAAACCUACCAUCACUUGGUACAAAGAUGGACGCAUAGUGGAGGCAGAUCCUCAUCACAUUAUUAUUCAGGAUCCCGAUGGCUCCUGUACUCUCAUCCUGGAUAACAUGACGGCAGAAGAUUCAGGCCAGUACAUGUGCUUUGCAACAAGCUCAGCUGGUAAUGCCAGCACUUUGGGCAAGAUCACUGUUCAGGUGCCUCCUCGUUUUGUGAACAAAAUGAGGAAUGCCGUGUUUGUCGCUGGUGAGGAUGCUCAGUUCACGUGCGUCAUUCAGAGCGCCCCUAGUCCCAAAAUUAGAUGGUUCAAGGCUGGCAGGCUGCUGACCGACCAAGAAAAGUAUCAGACCUACAGUGAGCUCCGCAGUGGGGUUCUGGUUUUGGUGAUCAAAAACUUGACAGAUCGGGACUUAGGGCACUAUGAGUGUGAGUUGUCCAACCGUCUGGGCAGUGCCAGAUGUGCUGCAGACUUAGUCCUUCCUUCUGCUACUGGCUCUAGUGAGCAGGCCAUUGUUAUUGAAGUGACUGAACAGGAGACAAAAAUACCAAAGAAAACCAUCAUCAUCGAAGAGACCAUAACCACAGUGGUGAAGAAUCCCCGUAUGAGGAGGCACAAGUCCCCUGGCCUGACCAUUGCUGGAGCCCACCGCACAGAAAUUUCCUCCUCGGAAACCUCCACAACCAGGACAAGGAGAAUGGCCCCUCCAAGGAAAACCACAUUCCCGACUUUCUAUGUGACUGAGGCUGAGGGGACUGAGGCUAGCGCUGCUGCCACUGUUGAGAGCAAGCCCAAUUGGGUUGAGGUGGAGGAGGUGAUCGAGUACAAGGUGAAUAAAUCUCCUCGGUUGUCCAGGAGGAGGGGUGUGUCACCGGCUUGCUCUGAUCGCACAACCACUCCUUCCAGACCUAAACGAUCCCCACCGGAAAACCUGAAUGCAAACAAUUCUAACAACAAGCUAGUAGAACAGGCCCAGUCUCUUGAGGCCUCUGCUUCUGCAUCAGGAGUAACUGAAGAGCCAGUUCUUACAUCUGGAGACCACAGCAAAGUCAUGGAGGAUCAACAAACCAUCAUCUGGGAACACGAUGAAGAGGAGAGUGAGUUUGAUCAUUGCGGAAAACAGGACGUAAAGGCGCCAACACAUGGAGCUCAUUUUCUAGCACUGGAGGACUUGGAGGAUUACAUCCCAGAGGAGGGAGAAACUUACGGAUCAACCAGCUCUGGUCCUGAUGAGAAGCCUUGUGAGAUUGCUGUCCUCCAGAGAGAGAUAGGAGGCUCCACUGUGGGACAGCCGGUGCUUCUCAAUGUGGGACGUCCUGUAGUGGCUCCAAGACAGAGGAGCGGCUUCUUCACUCGUUUCAGAGAGCACCUUUCCGGAAGCCUCUUCUCACCAAACAGUGCUCAGCCAAGCCGGUCAAUGUCAGAACGCAACGUCCCCAUCCAAGUGAGCCACGCAAAACUGGAGGUGAAGCCUUCUUACUGUUCCGAAGUGCAGAAGGUGAAAGGCGGGCAGCAGAGCUUUAAAACCAAAAUAUCCACGCAGACGUAUGAGUACACACCAGUGGGAAACCCGGUCACCCUCCAGAUUAGUGACGAUCGUUACCAGAAUAAGUAGCUUUUUAAAAUCAACACAAACCUUUUUAGUCUUAAAUGGGGCUGACAUGAAGUAAACUAAGAUUAACUCAAAUAUAACUGUGCAGCAGCAUUUAACAAACCAUUCCAUGUCAGGAAAUACACUUUUUUUCUGCCUCGUGGUUCAAGCGAUCCUUAUCGGGCUUUUUAUGACGUCAAAACUAAGCAAUGAUUGUUUUACAGGUCACAUUUACCAAUAAACCUAUUUAUUUCUGUAACUGACACCAAAAACAUGAUAAACAUUCAUUUUGCAGCAGCUAAGACAGAAUGAAAUACUAGACUACAUCAAUAUAUGGGAAGUCAUGUACUGAACAGGAGUACAUACAGAUUCUCUCAUCCCAGAAAUAUAAAGGUAAUAAAGUUAAUCACUUAAUUAUGAAUUUUCCUCAUAUUGGAUCAAGUAAAUGUAGUCAAAUGCCUACCUAGUUACAACAAAUGAUGGCCGUAUUAGGGGCGUUCAAUCCCACAGUGUGUGUAUUGUUCUGGACUGGUUGCCGUGAGGUCAGCAAAACACACACAAAGUGUUGAAGUAUACUCAAAAUGACUAGAUUUUAGUCAAUAGGCACAUUCUAGAUUUACAUAUCGUUAGACAGCAUUUAGCAUUUUGUUGUCUUCAGAUUGCUUUGAGUUAAUUUACAUAAUGUAAAACUCACUGUCAAAUGUAUUGUUAGUUGACUUUCUGUUAGAUAUUAAGUUUUUAAAAGGUAAGCUCAUUAGGGGACAUGACUGUGUUCAAGUAAAUUAGUGUGAGUAUUAGCAAUGUAUGACGUUACUACAAUUAGUAUUUGUGAAAUGAAUUGUCUUUUGAGGCAUUUUAGAGUCGGUUCAAUAAUGUGUGAGCUCAUGGUGUUGGGAUUAGUUCUGUUUUUUUGGUUGUUUUUCAAUGAUUGACUUGCAUGGAUUUGUUUUUCCAAAGCGGUUAGUACAGUAUUUAAUCACAAAAAGGAAUACAGGAUGUGAGGUUUUUUUCCGAUAUUAGCACACUCACAGCUGGCGGUUGCUCAUAAAUGUGUAGUUUUUAAAAAAGAAAACCUGUUUUAUCUUUCAAAUGUGUUCACAUUUGAUUAUUAAAAAAACUCCACUCAACAGCUUCACUCUUGCGGUUUUUCGACAAUAUAUUGAUUACUAAAUCUUGUUGUGUUGUAGUAUGUUUAAGCACAUUUUCCAAAUUUGUUGCCUAAAGUAAGUAUUAUAAAGCAUAAAUUUGGCGGAAUUAAUUCAAAUACAAAUAUAAGGCAUUCAGAAGAUGCUGUGAAUGAUAUAUAGUCGGGGCGUCACAAGACGAGCAGAUGCACAAAAUGGGCUCCACGAGAACGAUACAAGAUUUUAAGUUUUAACAAUUUUACGAAAAGUACAAUGAAGAAAUGACUGGACAAUCACACUUUUUUAUUAAACUGAAUCACAAAACAACGCAGGUGCAUUUUGAAAUGUUUAAAAACAAUAAUGUAGCAUUAUGAAAUAUUUCCUUUAAUAUGGCAUCUUUCAAUUAAAAAUAAAAACUUAUACAUGUUGCAUAUUAGGUUCACCCAUCUAAAUUAUCUAUGCAUACUGUUUGCACAGUGGGAGGGUCAUAAACCGGAGUGGGUGUGGUUCAGCAGGAAAUGGAGGGGGGGGGGCUUAAAUUUUAAAGUCUGAAGCUGGCAUGGAUUGAUCAGAAGUUGCUCGUUAUUUUUGUUUUUUAUUCAGCUAUAUUUGCACUGUUUACGAUGAACAAAGUGUCACAAAUGACUUCAUAUUACUAGCCAAAUUAGAGGCCAGCAGAUAAAAUCACACAGGCAGUGGCCGUUUACAGCUACGUCUUGCCAAACGGACCGCGUACGUAACAAAACAAGUCUACCAACUAACCGAAAUAGAGAACGUGAGUUGAAGUCGAGCCAAGCAAGGAGAGAGUCGUUAUCUGUAUUGUGUGCGCGCGUGUGAUAAGGCAUAAUGGCUCCUUUAUCUAGUAGUGUCCAGUUGUGUGUGACUACAGCUGGCCAAUCACUGAAUGCGAAGACCGAAUACAUAGUAGUAGUUACCCAAUUAGUUGGUUUUUUUUUUUUUCAAAAAUAAACUUUAUUCAUAACAACAGUGUAAAAGCAAAUGAGGACUUCCCGCUAUAAAAUCUGUCUAACUUCUUUAAUAUUUGGGGUAGAGAAGUGAAUAUGGUAUCAUAGUAAAGUUCAAGUCGUGCUUCAUCGGAUAUACUUCAUCAGACAUGAUUUACACAUUUGAAAAUUUUGUAACAUUGCCACUGGAUGUCAGUAUGUGAGAUCAAAAGAACAAGAGUUGAAUAUGGGCGUUUUCCCUCUUUGAGCAAGGGAUGAUUGUGAAGUGAAACCUGGCUGUCUGAAUAAAAAGUGUGGAAUAAGUGGCUUAACAGUGCAUGUGGUACUGGGACGUGUUUAUUUUGAUGAGGUGUGGCAUGAAAAACAAAUACAGGAAGCAUUAUGCAGAGUUUGCGCGAUUUUUUUCUUUGGCAUUACUUUCAAGUAAUGUUCCAGAAUGAAGUUGUGCCAGAACAGGCUGCUGCAAAACAGAAAGGAAAUACAUCGCCUUUCUUUUACAUGCCUUAUAAAAGAAAGCCAUGCUGAUCUUUUGUACCCAUUGUGGUUAUACUGCAUUGGAAUUUGGAGUACAUGAAGUUGUCAGGUUUUGGACAGGUGUGAUACUACAAGUGUGCAUGUCUGAAGGCGCUCACAGCAGGCAAUGCUCGGGCUGUUUGUGUGUACGCUCAAACACUUGAAAAAGUAGUGGGAACAUUGCUCUCAUCCACACCCAAAUAUGGAUUGUCAUGGGAGAACCAAGUUAAGUGAGUCAUUGAAGAAAAAAUAUAAUAGUAGUAAUAACUGGACAAACAGGCUGUUUAAUUGACUUUCCUUGAGUCUGCAGGUAUACAAUAAAAGAAAACAUCUUAAAACGUCUUUAAUUGUUCUAUUGAAGCUCUUCUAAAAGACACGAUUACUUGUUUAUUAAACACAUAAAAUAUUGUUUUUAUCCUAAAACAACACAUCUUGUUUCUUUUUAGCAAACCAAACUUAAGUUAGCACAUUAUGAGCACAAAUGUAGAGAAGUGUUAACUGGAAUUUCAAUAUACAUGGUUUCAGCUGACUUGCAUGCUCCCCUUUUAAAUCCAAUGUAAUGUUCAGGGCUUACCAUCCACAGUCAACAGUGCCGCCGCCGCUGCGGCUGAGCUUGACAGACCAGCUCUUCAACUUGUCGGAAUGACCUCAGUAACAUUUGCCAUUAGUCGUUAACAUUUUGAUCACUGCAUACUGUACCAGUCACAUAAUCAUACAAUAGCUGAGUUUUUUUUUUAUUGUACAAAUGUAAAUACUAAAAAAUACAGGAUCCACAUUACAGUACUGAGUAUGAACUACAUGUCUACACACCAUGUAAACCUACACCUUUAGACAUCCAGUAGGAGGCGAUGUCUUUUUUUUUUUUCCUUCAGACUACCUUUUGGAUGGAAUGUUAACAAUGAGGGUAGUAGACGUUUUAAACAGGAGUGACUGGGAUUAGAAAUGGCAUUACAAUGCCCGUCUCCUACGAGGACAUGUUGACUUUCUUGACCUGGUUAAUUUCCUGAAAAGAGAAAAAUCAAAUUCAAUACACUUCUGGUUGUGGUUUAUGUUUUUAAAGCACAAUUGCUAUAGUUAAAAUAGACCCAAAAGUAAAACUCAGGCUAAGUUAAACAUAACUACCAUGAAUUAAAUGUAAUGUAGCGUUCAAGAGCACUAAGAAAAGAGGCAUCCUGGUUGUGACAUGUUACAAAGUGUAAUGUAAUGUUAUCAUUUAUCGAGGGUGACUUUUGGAUUUCCAGCUAAAAAGGAGCUAACCUGCUUCUUCAAUUUCAUUAACUGUGUUUGUGUGAGGAAUAAGUAUUGGAGUAAGGAAUUAGAAUAACAGCUACUAGUUUGAAUGUCAAAACAGUAGUUGGUCACCUCAAGGAGAGCAUCUCUUAACUGGCCGUAAGCAUCUUCCAAGUUGUCGUUGACAAUGAUGACGUCAAACACGCCGGCUUCUUUACCUACGAGAAAGUACAAAGUCACUCACUUAUCAAAUUUAGUCUUUGAGAACUAACAAACCAAAAAAAUGCACUUACUGAACUCCAUGUCCAUCUUGGCGGCAAGCAAGCGCUUCUGGAGGCUUUCCUCUGACUCCGUUUUCCGGUUCCUUAAACGAUUUUCCUGAAAGAAAUUUAAUAAAUUAAGCCCAGGAUUCAUUUAUAUAGCAGGAUAGUCACAGUUCACAGGUCAUGUCAAAGUAGAUCAUGUUUUCUCACCAGGACGUCCAAAGACGGAGGCUGGAUGGAGAUGUAAAUAGGAUUGAGGUCGGUGCUCUUGAUGUUCCUCACCCCCUGCAUGUCUACAUCCAGUAUACAAAUGAGGUUGCGGUCCUUAACGUCUUGCACAGCCGCUUUACUCGUUCCGUACAGGUUCCCAGAAAACUCUGCGUUCUCAAUGAAAUCGCCUUUGUCGAUGGCGGCGUGCAUGGCUUCCCUCGUGACGUAGUGGUAAUCUGGGUCACCGGGACACACGCGUAAAUGUUGCAGGAAUUACCAAAAGAGGAAAAAGUGAGCUUUACCUUUGCCAUUCUCUUCUCCGGGUCGUGGAUUUCUUGUUGUAUCUGCGUGACGAAUCAUAAUUCACAACAUUCAGGCAUCUUUUCCUCAUUCAUUGAAACAAUUAUCUUGUGAAUGAAACAUCUACUUUGUUUGAAGCAAAGAAAGUGGUUGAAGCACAGAGCUAAACUGCUAAACUGAACUGCCACACCUUGAAAAUGAAGGGGUAUUUUUCUGCGUGUUAAUAAAAACAUUGUAUGAAUGGACAUAAUAUAUGUAUAUGCUACAUCAGGGGUGUCCGUUAUGGCAAUCGCAAAGGUAGGGUGGGUCACUUUGUAAAUGUCAUAGAACAGUCAGCCUGACAUUAAGGCACCUCCUGAUUUGUUCAUCUUUAUUAUUCUGAUUACAGAUAAACUAACUCAGUAUAUUCAUAACAAUAGUAUGUGUUCAAUUGUAGUGGUGAAAAAAAGUGAACCGUUUCAUGGUUGCACUCCACUAUAGAAGUGUUUUUCUACACCUGAAUCUGAAAAUGUGCCUUUACUGAAACCUUUUUAAUAUGUUUGAUAGCAUGCAAAAGUGUGAGCACCCCUGUGCUAUAUAAAUACCGUACAUGUACAACCUAUUAUUUACAUAUUGACCCCAAUUAGUUUUAAAUAAAUUAUCAAAUAUCAAAUAC